AUGCCCUCAGUGACCCGGUGCUCCGCCUCCAGCCUGGAGCAUGUCUGCGAGUCCGGCUCCGUCAGCUCCCUGGAGGGCGACAGCAGCACCAAUUUCAGCAUGGACAAGAUCAGCACCAUGACGCUGUCCGAGUUCAAAUCCCUGCUUAGCUCGGGGCUAGCGGUACAGGAGAACCAACAACAGCAGUCUCCAGAGCGAGGCUCUAAACGCCGUGGUUCUGGAGAAGCUGGUGGUAACUUGAACUGUGGGGCGCUGAAGGAGAAGACGCGGUCUGUGCGGGAUUCCAUUUCUUCUAGAGCCAGUGCCAGGCGUGCUGGGAGUAACGCCAGCAGCGUGCCACAGUCUCCAGACGAGGACAAAGGCCUGCCUGGCGACCCGCCUAAAACGCCGCAGUCUUCACGACGCAGUCUUCAAAACUCGACCAUCUCUCGUCCUAAAACCCCUACAUCGUUGGGAGGUUAUCGACCUAAGACGCCCACGGGGAGUAAAGACGAGUAUAAAAUGGCCAGGCCAAAAACACCUAGCCAGAUCAAGCGUGACGCCGUUGCUAAAGUAGCCGGGGCCAUAUCGAACUGGGUGGAGUCUAGACCGGAAAUGGAUACCCCAGAACCUAUCACGGUUCGACCAAAGACUCCCACCCGACCUAAGACCCCCUCUGGUAUCUGUGGCAAUAUUUCUGAGAACGACUCCCAAGACGGUGACCUCAGCGUGGACUCCGAAGGUCACUUCCCCAAGCCGCAUCUCCCCUUGUCCAUCAAAGAACGUCCAAACACACCUAGUCGCAUCCCCAAGCCGAUGUUCCUGUCCCGUCCUACCACGCCCAAAGUCAGCAACUCUCUUGCCUCCAACUCUCCGACAGAGGAUUUUAAUCCAUCCUGCACGUUCUCUCAGUCCAGACCUAUCGCUAUAUCAGCGCCGAGACCUGCGCUACUCUCCAGGUCCAACAGCAACUCCUCUAGCGUCAGAUCCGAGGACGCCCCAGUCUCCCCAAGCAGUAGCUUCAGCGAGGAGAAAACGUUGAAGUCAGCCACGUCACAUAUCAGACCGACAUCGAUCAUCUCCAGAAAACAACAGACCACCCCUGGCAGUAGCAACACGAGCUACAAAGACUUGUACAACGCCAGAAGGGCCUACACGCCCGGCCCCGGGCCCUCCAGCCAAGCCGUGACCCCCGGGCCACGAGAAAAAUGGACAAUAGGCGCCAAUGGUGAGAUUAACGUCUCCUCUAUAGGAGGAGGAGGAGGGGGGAAUCAAGCUAGACGCGGGUCUCUGGACACCUGCUGGUCAAAUAAAACCAGACCUGAGUCUCAGAAAACACAGUCUAGUUCGUUGUCGUCCUCUCUCAACGCCUACGCCGAAACGUCGAUGAGCAUCACUAACGAGAUCACCUUCUCUGACGACGAGGAGAUCAACGAACUGGUGCGCAGCACAGCCUUCAGGGCCAACGCUUUAAAUAAACGUGUGCGUUCCUCUAGCGUGGACGCUAGGAAACUGAACCGCAAGGCGAAUAAAGUCCCCAAUGAAGAGGUUUUGAUGAUUCGCCGGGAUGGCGCGGGGUCUCAUGGUGUUCAGGUGACGAACAAAAGUGAGGUGAAAUACGACUCGACGCCAAAGGCGAACGUCUUCAGAAGACCGACCAACCCGAAUGGCUCUAGUCAAGUGCGAUCACGCUCUCAGACGCCAGAUUCUGCGCUGGUCAGACAGAAAACCGGAAGUGUUAGAAGUACGGGUAGUGGGGGUGAGACGGGGGACAGGACGGAGGCCUGGGUGGACUCUACAUUGUCUGACACGAAAAGAAAACUGCCUCCACGCGCAAAAAGAAAUAAAGGAGUGGUCAGCGAUAUCCCAGCCAGUGAACUGGAACCUAGACCUCUUGAUGAGAUCAAAGCCAUACUGCCUGAGUUAAAGAAUGGAUAUGUCCAUGUGGACACAGAGUCUUUAGAAGCACCUCCAGAAGACCCUGAAACGUACAGAAAGAUGGAGAAAUUGUUUGAGAAACUACGAGAGAAAGAGCUAAGAGCAUCUGUUAAUGAAACGCCAGGUGGAGCUGAAGAGCCGCAGUCUGACGGGAAACACAAGAAGGCAUCUAGUCAAGCUAGAUCCUCACCUUCUAUAGCCUCUAUGAGAACGUCCAGCGGGUCCGUCAUUUCCUCGGAUGUCUCGUCUGGUCACGGCAACAUCACAGGCAGGGCUUGUCAACCUGAAGACAACAGGUUCAAGAGAUCUUCAAGUGUUCCGGGAUCAUUCCAGAAACCUCAAGACACCGCUGAGUUAUCCAGCUCACCAACUUCCGGCCUGAAUGGGACGUACUCACCAGGUAGACAAACCACCAUUCCAGACACUGACCCCCACCCCUCCGAUGCCCUUAACGACAUUAGCGCUGAAAUGGCUAAAAACCCCACAGCCCUGGUUUCUAAAAUCAAAGAAAUCCUCAAAGUACGCCCCCGGAAAGAUGAAAAUUCAGAAACCCCCACCCGUAUUCCUGGCCCUUCGAGCCUGACCAAAAACAGCCGAUCAAAAUCAGUGACCAAUCUGUAUAGCACAAAGUUAAUGAGUAGCAGUGAAUUGUAUGAGGACGACCUAGGGGUUCACAAAAACUCCACAUCUGUGUAUUGCUAUAGCUCCGACAACAAAAUCACUAAGACCAACAGCACAUCCAGCUCCAACAUUGCAUACACAGAGUUCCUCUACUCAGACACUGCCGAUGAAGUUCCGGAACUUUCUCAGACCUGGUCGGUGAAGUCAGACUCGGGUGAUAGCCAGAAUAGAUCGGAGACGCCGGUACCCAAAUUAGCCACACCCCUAACGACAGGAAGGUCCACGCUGAUUGGUCGAAGGGUUGACCGGUUGAGUCGUGGUUCAUCUCAGGACAAAGAAAAUCUGUCCAACUCGCAGUCUUCCCUCUCCGGUAGAUCUGUUUUCUCAGCUGUCGACGACGACGCAGAAUUUGUGUGA